UGCAUCGCCAGGCGCAGGAGCGUUUAAGAUCUCUGCCAGCUCUGCCAACGCUAUUUGCAACAAGACUGUUUGGAUGGAAACGACUAUUUUAUGUUUUGGCCCAAAAGCCGAUGAGACAUAAAGUCAGUUACUUCCACUUUUCGGGUCUCGAUAAUCAGGAAUUUAUUGGUUUUGUUGUCUCAAAGCAGCCAUCGCACAUCGUCUAAAGCAAAAUGAUGAAAAACAGAGAUCGAUGGAGGCUGUACAAAAGUAUGAGUGUCAUGUUUUUCCUGAUUGUGGUAGCGGUGACUGUUGUCCAGAGAACGGGCAUCAAUAGGGGGGUUCCAUUCGAACUCGAGAGCCUGGCUCGCAUGGAUGUUUCUGGGGGAGUGGAGCCUGGAGCUGCACUGGAAAAGAAAGCUGGCUUUUACCAGGACAUAAAAGGCUUCUGGAAGGUGAGCAAACACCAGCAACAGUCUAAAGUUCAAGCCACCGUACAUGAACCUAGAAUCACUGAGGACAGCAGCCCCAGAGCCUGGGAUGUAACCAGCUCCAACUGUAGUGCAAACCUCAACCUGUCCAGCCAGGACUGGUUCAGGGGCCUGGAAGGUAAUUUUAAACAGUUUAUGCUUUAUCGACAUUGUCGUUACUUCCCCAUGCUCCUUAACCACCCAGAGAAGUGCACAGGGGAUAUAUAUUUGUUAAUGGUAAUUAAAUCGGUGGCUACCCAGCAUGACAGAAGGGAGGUCAUCCGAAAAACCUGGGGCAAAGAGCGGGUGGUGGAUGGAAAGAAGAUAAAAACCCUCUUCCUUCUUGGUAAACCCUCCAAUGAUGCAGAGAGGGCAAAUCAUCAGAAGCUUGUGGAGUACGAGGACUACAUCUAUGGGGAUAUCCUUGAGUGGGACUUCUUGGAUAGCUUCUUCAACCUCACACUCAAGGAGACCCACUUCCUCAAGUGGUUCCACACUUACUGCACCCGUGUACACUAUGUCUUUAAGGGGGACGAUGAUGUCUUUGUCAGUGUGGAAAACAUAUUUGAGUUCCUAGAAAGCAGCAGCCAUGAAAAGAACUUGUUUGUGGGGGAUGUGAUUUUCAAGGCUAAGCCCAUUCGUAAAAAAGAGAACAAAUACUAUAUUCCCCAUGCUUUGUAUAAUAAAACGUUCUACCCUCCAUAUGCUGGUGGAGGAGGUUUUCUGAUUGAUGGGACCCUAGCAAGGAGGCUUCAUUGGGUCGCAGACACCCUGGAGCUCUACCCCAUCGAUGAUGUCUUCUUGGGCAUGUGUCUGGAGGUGCUUCAUGUCAUGCCUGUUAAACACAAUGCCUUUAAGACUUUUGGCUUGGUGAAAAAUAAGAGCAGUAAGUUGAACCGAGAACCUUGUUUCUUUAAGAGUAUGAUUGUGGUGCACAAGCUGCUACCGUCAGAUCUCUUGCACAUGUGGAAAAUGGUCAACACAGACCUGGUCUGCACUCAGAAAGCGGAGAUCCUACGUAUAGCUUGACCAGGCAAAGGCAGCACCAACAACCUGCUGAAACUCAGUGGAUACCAACAGGAAGUACAGAAAAUGUGUGAGAAUCAAAGAAAAACAUCCCAGUAAUCUCUUCUUUAUGCAGAGAGAAGCCAUGGAUAAUAUUUGAAUUUGCUGUUUUGUGCACUAAUGCAAUUUUCAGAGGUGCUUCCUGAAAAGUCAUAUUAAUUACACUGACUUGGAAGAGUGUAUUUAUAGGGACAGGAAAGACUGACACUGUCAGUAUGCAGAUUACAGCCACAGUACAAUACACUGCAAUACAACCAAAUCUGAGCUGAAUAAAUUGCCAUUCUAAGGAGUGCACCUAUUUGUUCUAUAUUUAUAGGCUUUUAUGCUGUAGCAUAAUAUUCUAUUUUGGACCCUUGUGCAACAUUUUUUGAUGGGACCCUCCUUCUCACCUCUUUC